AUGGCGAGCCGCUGCCUGCGCCUGGCCGCGCUGCUCACCCUGGCCGCCUGCCCCAGCCGGGAGUACGAGGGAUCUGGAAUUUCACCCCUUGAAGAUGAUGAAGAUGCAUAUGCACGCAGUAGAUAUAAAGAAACACCAUGGUGCUCUCCCAUUAAGGUGAAACAUGGUUAUGCAAACUGCAGGACACCUCAAGGGGAAUAUUACAAGAAUGUACUGGGGACAAGAUGUGAUAUUCGUUGUCAGAAAGGCUAUGAACUGCAUGGCCCUCAGCAGCUCAUCUGUCAGUCAAGCAAACGCUGGUCUGGGAAAGUGCUGUGCAAACAGAAGCGCUGCCCCACGCUCUCCAUGCCAACCAAUGGGGGAUUCAAGUGCUUGGAUGGUGCCUACUUUGGCUCCAGGUGCGAGUACUACUGCUCACCAGGGUACCAGCUGAAAGGUGACCGCAUAGUGACAUGCAUGGACAGCAAAGCUUGGAGCGGCCGGCCAGCUUCCUGCGUGGAUACAGAGCCUCCGAGAAUCCAGUGUCCAAGUGUGAAGGAGAAAACUGCGGAGCCCAACAAGUUGACGGCCAGAGUAUUCUGGGAUACCCCGGAGGGAAGGGACACCGCUGAUGGCAUUUUGACAGAUGUUAUUUUGAAAGGCCUGCCACCAGGGUCACAUUUUCCAGAAGGCGACCACAAAAUCCAGUAUACUGUGUAUGACAGAGCUGAAAAUAAGGGCACUUGCAAAUUCCUUGUUAAAGUCAGAGUCAGGCGCUGUGUGAAGUUAAAUGCUCCAGAUAAUGGCUACAUCAAGUGUUCAGGUGAUGGAAAUAACUAUGGUGCUAUGUGUGAAUUUUCCUGCAUUGGAGGCUAUGAGCUACAAGGCAGCCCAGCUAGAGUGUGCCAGUACAAUUUGGGGUGGUCAGGUGUGGAGCCAACCUGUGCACCCAUGAAUAUUAAUGUGAAUGUGAGGACUGCAGCUGCACUUCUGGAUCAAUUUUAUGAGAAGCGGAGACUGCUAAUUAUUUCAACUCCUACUGCAGCCAACUUCUUCUACAGGAUGCAGUUGGGAAUGCUGCAGCCAGCACAGUGUGGCUUAGACCUCCGCCAUGUUACUGUGGUUGAGUUGGUUGGUAUCUUCCCAGCACAGAUAGGAAGAAUAGGUGUAAAGCUGCUGCCCCCUUCACUUGCACUGCAACUCAGGCUGUUGCUGAGGAUCCCUCAUUAUAAUUUCAACAUUGUGGUGAUGGACAAGCAUGGAAUGGACAAGGAACGCUACCCAUUCCCAGCAACACCAGCUGAGCUCUUUGCACUUAUUGACAAUUUUCCCUUGAGAAAAGAAGAGAUGAAACUGCAAGCAGAAAUCGGCCAGUCAUGUCCUUAAUUCAGAAUUACAGGGCUAGCAUUUUGUCAGUGAAUUUUUUACCCAGAUAAUUCUUCCCUCGGUGCUACAGAAAGCAUGGCUUUUUAAUCACUGAUGUACAGAGUUGUUGUGUGUAUCAUUAUGUCUGUGUCGCUGCUCUGCAUGGGCGUAUGCAUGAUGCUUUUUUGUACUUUCAAAGAGUAUCUUUAGAGAAAUGUGUACGUAGGAUUACUACCCAAUAGAACUUCUUGUACAGACAUCAAAGAAUUGAGGUACGUCUCCUGGGGUUUAUUUUGGAUUUUUCAUUCAGUGUAAAAUUCUUUCUUCCGUUUUAUAAGUCUUUUAUUAAUAAAAUAUUGUUUUGCAAAGAA